CGAUUCCCCACACUCAUCCAUCCGUCGCGCUUUCCUUCUUGCGCCUCUAUCGUGUUCUUCUCUUCGGUAGAUUCGUUCUUGACUCAUGGCGUCGGGGAUCGGCGGCUUUGGCGGUCCCACCCUCGACUUCAUCCGCGAGCACCUCUUCGCCGACCUCCCCCCGACUCCCCCCUCCUCCGCCUUCUCCCUGCCGCCGCCCGUCGCCACCGGCUCCGGCUACUGCUUCCCCGAACCGGACGUGCCCAUGAUCAGCUUCGGCGCCGACUCGCCUCUUCUUUCCCCCGCCUCCGCCGACCGCCGGCCCUCCUUCACCGUUGCUCUCCCACCCGCUCCCCAGUUCGGCUGGACGGAGGCCUCGGCGAAGGAGAAACGGCCCGCGGCGGGUCAGGGCGACGCCAGGCGGUACCGGGGCGUCCGGGAGCGGCCGUGGGGGAAGUUUGCGGCGGAGAUCCGCGACCCCAACCGCCGGGGGUCGAGGGUCUGGCUCGGGACCUUCGACACGGCCGUGGAUGCCGCUCGCGCCUACGACCGCGCCGCCUUCCAGAUGCGCGGCCGCAAGGCCAUCCUCAACUUCCCCAACGAGAUCGGGUGCUCCGGCGACAGGGCCUCGCCCCCUCUGCCGGCUGCCUCGGGGAAGAGAAAGAGGGACGCGGAGGAGGUGGCGGAGGCGAGGAAGAUCAAGAAGGAGGUGAGGUCUCCCGAAUCCGAGGUCAUCGACCCGGACCAUCUGCCGUCAGGGUGCCCCUUGUCACCCUCGAGCUGGGACAGCUUGUGGGGCUUCGAGGAGGCGGACACGAAGGGCUUGUUCGACAUGCCGCCGCUGUCUCCGCUUCCAUCGCUGGGGUGCGCACAGCUCCUAGUAAGCUGAGGCUCGAAAUGGGCAACGGGGAAGAAGACAAAAAAGAGAGACUAUAUAUAUAUAUAUAUAUAUAUAUAAUAUAAGAAUUGGAUGUAAAUAUGAACAUCUCAUGGGAUCAUAGCAUGACAUUUUAUAUGGUUUCAUUAACUUGUGUACCUCAUCUACUACUGUAGAUCGAAGGAUCUCCGAAUUGUUAACAUCAUUGAGUUCAUUGUUCCCUUUA